AUGCGCUGCUACGGAGAAUACGUGUACGCGACGGUGGAGCAGGGCACCCUCAGAGGCGCCAUGGUCACCAGCGAGCUGGGCCAGCAGUACGCGAGCUUCAGGGGCGUGCCUUACGCGGAGCCGCCGCUAGGGGAACUGCGUUUCCAGGCGCCGCGGCCGGCUGCCUCCUGGGACGGCACGCGCGACGCGCUGCAGCAGGCGCCCGCCUGUCCGCAGAGGACGGGGCGGGUGACGUCGGAGGACUGCCUCUACCUGAACGUGUUCGUGCCGCUGGGCGCCGCCGCGGCGCCCGUGCUCGCCUGGAUACCCGGAGGCGGCUUCACGGUGGGCACCAGCGAGUAUGAGGGACCCGACUUCCUGGUCGCCGAGGGCGUCAUACUAGUCGCCUUCAACUACCGGCUCGGAUCGCUGGGUUUCCUGAGCACCGGGGACGAGGCGGCUCCCGGCAACGCAGGCCUGCGGGACCAGAUGCUGGCGCUGAGCUGGGUGCAGCGCAACAUCGCGGCGUUCGGUGGCGACCCUGCCAGGGUGACGGUCGGCGGCGAGAGCGCGGGCGGCUGCUCCGUGGGAGACCUCAUCAUCUCGCCAGCAGCAGCAGGGCUGUUCCAACAAGCGACUGUCAUCAGUGGCGAGGCGGUGAGCCCGUGGGGCAUCGUGUCGGACCCACGGCGGAGGGCGUUCGCCCUGGGCGAGGCGCUGGGGCUCAGCACCAACGACUCGCAGCAGCUGGUCGACUUCCUGAGGACUCAGGACGCGGCUGACCUCAUCACACACGACGGUGACGUCAUUCCUCCAGAGGAAUUGAUCCGCCUUGUCGCCGUCGCCUGGGGUCCCGUAAUCGACGGCACCGUAAUUCUGGAGGACCCCAUCAGCAGCUUGAAGGCCGGCCGUUUCAGCAGGAUGCCCAUCCUCGUGGGCUACACGUCAGGCGACGGCGUGAUUGGAGCGCAAGGGAAGGGCUACCUGAGCAGCGAGGCGGCCCUGGAGCAGCUGGACGAGCACUUCGUGGAAGCGGCGGCGCCGCUGGUGCGUCUGCCGACGGCCGAGCAGCGCCAGGACGCAGCGCUGCGCAUCCGAGACUUCUACUUCGGCAACGCCAGCAUCACUCUGCAGGACGCGCAGGCUGUCGUCGACAUGCUGACAGACUUCGGCUUCGUGGAGCCAUCAGACACCGCAGUGAGGAUCAUGGCUAACCAGUCUGACGCCGCUCCCAUCUUCUACCACCUGUUUGACUAUCGCGGACCUUCCAUAGGGAACUCCACCUACGGAACGCCUCAUGGAUCACAACGGUCAGUGCUCUUUUCAGGAAUAGUCACGAACCCUGACGAAGAAUUCAUCCAGCUAAGGACAAACAUGGUUAGAUUGUGGGCCAACUUCGUGAAGUACGGCACACCGUCCCCCGAGGGUGAAUCAAUCGAAUGGACGGCGUUCAACAACAGCGACCAGAAUUACAUGCACAUCACUAAUAUCUUUGAAAUGAAGCAGAACGUGUACCAGCAGCGAAUGGAUUUCUGGCAUGAAAUAAUACCUGUCUAGAGCACAGAGAAAUCUCCUACAAUGACACGCAGCCCUCAAAAGUGACUGUUGAACAUCUGUGUUGAUAAGGAUAGAAUCUGAUAACCACAUCUAAGCCAGUAUUAAAAUGUAUUUAUUACUCGCUCUUAGGUAAUAGUACGCUGUUGUGUUCAGUAAUAUUUCUCCGCAUUGUAGCCGUCAAUGUCAACACACUUGGCACAAGAAGGAAAAUGUAAAUUCCUAAUUUCUGCAUGUUCUUCAGAGAAUAUCGAUUUGCACCAUCUUGGAUAAUGUUUGACGUUUUAUAUUCUGAACAUGUUUGGAGAUGCAAGUACACCAAUUCUGACUUUUAUCCUCCCCAAUAGCUCACAUUUAGCAACAAAUACGCUUAUCUGUGACUGGAUAUACUAAGCAACUGAUGCUUAUCGAUACUAGAUCAACUGUACUAGUAGUAUGGAAGCCUGGAAAUGUCCACUUAAUGUGAAAAAUGGACUUUUAUCUUUCAGUAGACGACUUACAACGUAUGCCUUCAUUGUAUUAGCUUUAAGAGACUCAUUAGUGACAACACUAACUUUUUUUUCUUAAAACGAAGAUGUGAGUAGCUUCAAAUUCUGUUGUUCUGUUGUGAUGUCAGUAACUAAUUUUUCAACAAAGCAUAUAUUUGCUCUCUUAUUGUUGAUUGGAGGAAUUACAUUAGCAAUUAAAUAUAUCUACAAAAGAAAACACACAGAAAACAAUGGAAAAAAAUGUUUGUUGUAGUAUUGUUUUUCCUUCAACUCUCACUGCAUCUCAUGGCUUUCGUUCUCUUUAAAUUAAGGCAAUAAUAAAAGACUUCCAAAACCUGGAUUUUUAAAA